AUGAACCCUUUGUCUCUCCACGGCCUGUUUUACAUGUCUUUUCGCCCGGCGAAAUCAGAAGCGAUAACGUUCAAAGAGGAAAUGAAGGCGACGGAGAAGAAAGGAGAGAAGAAUGGAGAGAAACUGACGAAGAAGAAAGAGAAGAUGAAGGAGAGCAGGAAACUGACGAGGCAGCUGUGGUUUCCAUCGCUACAGUUAGUCUUGAUCCACACGCCGCGUUCACGUCUGAAGGAGAUAUCCGAACUUCACCGUCCACCUGCAUCGACGCGCGGCUUUCCUUUCUGGUUUUUCCUGUUUGUGUCAUAUCAGAGUCGGCCGAUUCUGAUCACUUCGAGUCCAGGUGUCCGCCGCGGAGGCUGCGUGCCGGGACAUGCUGACUGUUCGCCCGACUCCAAAGGCGAGUGCUUUCGGGCUGCUCUCUGGCACGCACCGUUCGCCACAGAGUCGCGCACCUCUCGCUCUACGCAGCCGACAUCUUUCCUUUCCUGUUCGCGUCCGCUGUCUGGGGCGGUCUCUGCGUCUUCGGGCGCUCUCCAGAAGCAGGCAGGACUCUUCGCUGGACAAACUCGAGGGAAUUCUGUCUGGGGCGACUCCCACGCUCGUCCGCGACGCGCGCCGGAGACCGUGAGCGAGGCGAAGAGCGAAGGGAACCCUGGAGCGGGAGCGCAGCUGGACGGGAAACUGAAGGAAACGCCGCUGGAAACACGCGACGUGGUUCUGGGGGGAGAAGACCACGAUGAGCAGGAGGAGAGGGCUUUGGAGGGAGCCGAGAGGAGAGAAGGCGCGACACGCAAAGCGAUGAAGGUCGAUACGCGUCACGCAUCGACGGCCUGGGGUUUCGCCUCCCCGCGGAGGGCUACUCACGUCUCGUCUCCAGGUGUCUACCGCAAAGAGCACAAAGUUUCGCUUUCUCCUGCGAAAGGUGAACCCGCGGGUUUCGGGGUAGGCGAGAGAGAAAUGCUUCGGGAAACGCCGACUGCUUGGUGGUCCUGUUCGGGUGUGUACAAGGGCGAACACGCGAUGCACGCCGACCUCAACUCGCACGACUCGGCGCGUUUCAGGCGGGCGGGAACUCGCGCCGUUCUCGCGCCCUUCCGAGCCUCGGGAAACGACGGCGAACGCGAGAAAGAAGCGCUAAGGCGCGAGCGGGAGGCCAACGAAAGGAGACAGGUGGGUUGCCAGAGCGCGCGGUCGGGUCCGAGGCUCUCCUCCGAUUCGGAGCGAGCGUGGGGAUCGUCGACGCCGUUGCCUGAAUCGGCGCACAAAGACUGCGCCGAUUCCGGUGAGCGGCAGGUUUCACAGCUGAGCGAAGAAACAAGAGGACCCCCGGAGAUUCUCUCUCGAGGCGAAGCCCUCGACGGCGGCGAAGCAACAGUGCUGGACGUCGAAGGAGGACCAGGAUACGAAGAUGAGAGUCAGAUGCCAUCACCACUCCGCCGAUCUCCCGCGACGGCCGACGCAGCAAGUGGGGCGCGGGACGCAACUCAAGUUUUGUUAACCACGCCUGGCAGAACGCCAGCAGAAGGCGAGAAGAGGGCCCGGAGGAGGGCCGAGAAGAAGGCUGCGCGUUCAGGCGGCAAGGUUGGAGAGACACCGACAGAGGACGAAGUCUGUGGUGAACCGAGGCAGGGAGAAGAGUCAGGCUGGCAGGUGGGGAAGGAAAGGAGAAGAGGAGCGGUGGGGCGUUGGGAGUCUGCAGUCGAUGUUGAGGAGAAAUGCAGGGUUGAGGAGAGACGGCGGUUUGAAGACGCGUGUCUUGAGCCUUUCCCCUCAUCACACAGCGAGGAAAAACAAAGUGAAGAGCAUGCAAAAGACACCGAAGCUGAGGGAACGCCGAGUAUGACGGCGGCGCUUCCCAGGCGGUCAUCGCCCCGUCAUUUCCUCGAAAGAGACGAAGCCUGGCAUGGCACAUCCGUACAGGGAACACCCGAGAGUGUCUCGCCUUCGGACAUGCGACGCCUGGCGCCGCCUGCCGCUUCGCCACAUUCCUCUCCGUCCUCGAACUCGCGCGUUUCCUCUUCGCUCGACGCAUGCGAGCGACACAGCAAGCAGCUCCUGCGAGGCUGCAGCGGCGAAGGAGAGUGCCGGGAGGGGGAACACGAGGAAGACGAACCAGAGGGAGAAGAGACGGAGCAGGAAGCAAGAAAGCAAGAAGAGGUGGAGCCCGAAGCCGGAGAGGAAGAAGGGAGCAACGAGAAAGGGAACACGGCCGAGGACGGUGUGGUUCCUCAGCGAGCGUCUAUUAUUGAGAGGUCGGUGAGAAGAGCGUCGAAACUUAUUGGGUCAGGGAAACCCCACAAGAACGGGAGACGCGUGAAAAUUAAUUUGAAAAGCACCAAGUCCUUCUGGCCUCGCCACGCAGCCCGGCGUUUCAAAUACCCCCGUGGGUAUCGCCUGCCUUCUCUCCCCCGCCACUUCCGCUUCCUUUCAACGGAAAAGAGAACGGCAGAGAAAGACCGAGGCAGUCUGCUGGCUCUCCUGUCGCACCCUCGCUCGCUUCUCGCCUCUUCGCACUUUUCACUGAAGUCACCUUCUGCCUCUUUGCCUGCAUUGUCGACUGCUCUGAGGGCGAAGCCGACCGCAGCAGAAAUGCGCGUGAUGCACCCGAAGCGCGCCGCCGCUGAGCCUCAAGAGCAGCCAAAGCCCAAGUCUCCCGAUCACGCUGGGCACGUGUCGUUGCGUUGCCGCACGACAGACGGCCCCCGCGGGAGGCAAGACUGCCGCGAAGAGGCUGAGGAAGGUCGGAUGUCUGUUCCCAAGAACGUCGACGACAUGACGGUUUCUUGCCUGUCUCCGGAAGCUGUCACGUGCCUGGACGGCCGCGCCCGGCGCUGUCGGUGUAGCGUUUACCACUUUCCCCACGAGGACAAAGUCGGCGUCUACGACACUUUCCUUGCUUCGCCGUGCUGGUCCAGCUGCUCGUACACCUCGCCAUGGACAUCCCAUCUUUCGUCCCCUUGCUGGAAACCCCGUCGGGAAGAAAGGGCUGUUUGUGUGUCUUUCCAAAGAAUGGAAUCACUGCCUCACUUUGCCUCUGCUUCGCUGUCGGAGGCGCACGGCCGACCCAGAGAUCGGAGUUCUUUUUUCCGUGUCGAGGAACAAGAAACGCGAGCGCGAGAAACAUUCCUAGAUCUGAACACUCCAAGUGAGCCUCACGACCUGCAAGCUUUAGACAGAUCCAGCAGCCGGCGUCGACACCCGUGUAUACGUCUUGCGCCUGCUGCUCGUCGAGGGUGUUGCGAGACAGACACGCAAUUUAUGCAGGGAAAAAGCGAAUUCGAACACCACUUUGGGUGUACCGACACUGUUCGCCCCACGAGCAGUGCACAUAGCAAGAUUGGCAGUAAGCUUCAGAGCGCCUUCAAAGAUGACAGAGGGAACAGGCCUACUGAGAAGACGCCGGAUCUCGGUGCUCCUCAAAACGCAUCUGAGAAAAGCAAGAAAACCAUCAAGCGUUUGGAAAGGCCCGCUUCGAUUGCGCGGCAUGGACAACACGACGGAGAGGAGGCGCAGGAUGCCCCGCUUCGAACGCCAAAAUCUCUCCCUUCUCAGAACUCAGCUGAUCAGCCGAUAAGGCCCCUCCACGUCCGAUAUCCACAGAGUCGGAUCGGCUCAGAAGAAGGGCGAGGACAAGAAAAAGACGAAAAAGUGCGAAAACGAGCAGUGCGAACGCCGUGGGAAGGGAGGGAGAAGUGCGGUGGGAGGCGCGAAGGGACGGAUGAAGCGAGAGGCAUUUGUGGGAAUGGGAAGACGGCCAACGCUAAGGUGAUGAGAGACGCCUCUGUGGAGAACUCGGAUUUCCUUGAAACGGAAGCGAAGCUUCGAGAUCCCCCAAAACGCGGAGGGUGUCGUUGGGAAAGAGAGGCGAGCAGUGAAGACGAGUACGGAGAGCCUCUGGAGAGACGACACAAAACCGCGCAGCCUCUGCCGCCCAUUCCUCUUUUCCGCCCGGUGUGUUGCCACCCCAUCGUCUACCGCGAAGGAAAGCGUGCGCCUCGACAUCACUCUUGCCUUCGCCCGGCCGUGUCGUCGAGCACGGAUCUCCUCUUCAAACAAUAUGUAAAGGAAGUUGAGAGCGUCGAGCGCCAGAUUGAGCGAGAAGAGCGGCUCAGAAAAAGAAGGAAAGGCAGCGGAGAAGGCGACGUCGAGCACCUCCAGCAAAUCGUCACCAAGAGCACCAAACUCGUGUACUUCCUCAUCAUUGUCAACAUCACAGUGCUCAUGCUGUGCUUCUUCUUUGCCCUCUUCCCCAUGCACCUAAGCAACCACGAGAAGACCAGGGACGAUCUGCCGGAGCCAAGCUUCUAUGAGAUGAGUGAAAGCACGGAACCGGUUCGCGCCCUAGCCGCAUUCCCGCCUUCGCCGCUGUCUCCGGAGAGCUCGGCGCCUCACGUUUCGUCGUCGCCCUCCUUUCGGUCAACGAGCGCUAGCCCGCGCCCUCAUCCCUUCCUCUCUUCUGUCGCGUUGGAGAGUAAAUGGCGUAGACGCCACAUCGUCCACCCUGCAGCGGCGCCUCACCGCGGCCAAGAGGCAGUGUUUGGAGGGCGAGAGCCUGUAAACCUCCACGAGGAAGAAGCAAAGGGAUCCCCGCGACUUUUUGAAGAACAACGGCUUGAUCCGCCAGCAGCCCCGAGUUCCCCUCCGCUUCGCUCUCAUCACGCGCCGGCGCAGGGGGAAACAUAUACAGCAAAGAACGAAACAAGAGGCGAACUCUGGGCGGGGAGGCAAAGCACAGAAGGCCGAGAAAGAGUGGAACAGGCCUUUAGCCCCGCAGGAAACGAGAAGCAUCUUAUGCUGGUGACGCCUUUAACAGAACUGUCUGAAGUACCAGCAGAAGCCUUCAAAGACCUCGUCAUUGUCCUUAAGAUGAACCCGUCAGUGGAGCCGAGCGGAGCUGCCGGAUCGACGGUAACGAAAGUCCUCAGCGUCGCGGGAGUUGAAGAGCAGGCGGCGAAAGGAAAUCCCGGUGGAUCCACGAGGAAAACCAUCUUCUUUUACACAGGAGAAACGCUCCAAGUUGACAACAAAUCCGCUACGCUCAAGAAUGCCAAAGGUGAAGUUGUCUACUGCUGGGAUUUCGUCGAUAGGUCAUCUGCAGUCUCUGCGUUCUGCGUGCGCCACAAAGAAAAAGAGGGCGGGAAGAGCGAGACGCUCGAAGGCCUUCUUCCUCGAUCUCUUUCGUCGCUUUCCCUCUCGGGCACGCAGCCCACAGUGAUGCCUCUUGGAGCCUCGCACCCGGCGCCAGAUUCCCGUUCCUCGAAGCAAGGAGAGGCCGAUCGGAAAUCACAAGGAGAAAACAAGUCGACCCAGAGCUCCAGAGACCCGUCUGAGCAAGAACAGGCGGCGCCUUCCACGUCAAGUGUCUUGACAGACCAGACGAAAUCGGGCGCGGCUUUUGCUGCUUCUGAAAACCAGCAACAGAAACAAAAGGCCACAGGGUCGAGGCACGGCAACCUAAAGGUUGUCGAAGCCACCAGAGACCCGGCAGAGCCUCCCGCCAUACCUGUCCUGAAUGAAGAGAAAAGGGACUUCAUCCCGGCGAAAGACAGAAAAGGCGAAAGAAGCUUGUCGCUGCGGCGGACGCGCGUCGUGGAGGCGGGCGGAGGCGCCGCCAAAGAGCGAGGCAGAAGGACUUUCGCCGGCCGGGAGAAGAUGGAAGGCGGAGGACGAAAGGCAGAGGAAAGAGAGGACGAGAAAGGAGAAACCGAGAACGCAACAGGAGGCGCAAGGGCACCCGUAACACGGGGAACGAAAGACACGCCAGAGGAAGAGAAGCGAGGAAAACGAAAAGACGAGGAACCCCUCUCUGCAUCGCAGCCAGGAAUGACGCGAGAGGAUCCAGAAGCGAAGGACAGCGUUUGCCACCAAAGUGCUGAGACGGAUAAACAGCCACCGAAGGCGCCGCCGCGCCGGCUCAUGGCGAACGCAAUGCUUGGAUUCGCAAACGCAUUUGACCAGUUUGCUCGCCUUGGCGGAGCGCUCUUAAGCCCCGCCAUUUCCAUGGCGCAGACGCUCGACGUGGCGGGCGCGCUAAUUGCGAACCCGCAAGCAGCCGGUCUCGGGGCAAAUGCGUUGCCGGCGUACUCGCCGCCGUCAUCCCUCGCAUUUGUCUCUGCGGGCGCGCCGUCCUACGGCCCUUUCGCGGCAGCGGCGCCGGGGCCGAUUGUGUCAGGCAUUGCUGCAAACACCCCUCCGCCGCCUCGCCUGCCUCUCGCAGUUGGCGGCUCGGGACUUAGCGCUUCCUACGGCCCCGCCGCUGUGUCUCAGUCACAGCCGGCGAUCGUCUACUCUGCAUCCGCCGCUCCACAGCAGACGUACCUUAUUGGGGGACUCGGCCCGGGCUACUCUGUGUCCACAGCCUCUGUGGGCGCCGACUCUGCCUUUUUGACUUACCCUGGAAACUACUACACGGAUGGCGGGGUUCUAACGUCUCUGCCAGUGGGCGGAUACCAGGCCAUGACAGUCGCGACUCCCACCGGAAACGACGGCGCUCUGUACUUCAUCGCAACUGGGCAAGAGAAUCGGAACAGCGAGGGCGGCGAAUAUCGGAAUGUCGGCUCUGCAUAUUCCGAUGGCGGGGCUUGGGAAUCGCCCGCCUCUCCCAACAUGACACCCGAAGGCUCUGGCAUGCUUGGAUCGUCUCUCGGGGAGCCUCUGGGGAGGAUGUUGCAGAGCUGGCGAGGCUCUCUCGAGGAACCCACCAAGGCCGGGAGCGGGGAUCCUCGGCCGGAGCGAAAGGCUAGCGCGCGCACGGAUCAGGAUUUUGAAACGCGUGUGAGAACGGGUGAACGCGAUCUGAGAGCGGACUCAGCGAACAGGAGCCACGUUGGAAGCAACGCAAGGCGUAGCCUAGAGAAUGCCUCCUCUCUGCGACACGAAGGAGAACAACGGAGUCUCGACGAUGGAGAGAGCAAGGGGCCCGAAGCGCAUAGUAACAACCAGAGAGGUGAAACGGAACAGCAUGGAAAGAGUGAAAAGCGAGAGGACGAUGACGAUACAACACGUGGUUCUCAUGCUCAGGGAGUAUGGCCUUGUGUGGGGGAGAAAAUAGCUCCACCUAAAGAUACUAACGAAGCCCGUGUUCUCGGGAGGGCUUCCGAGCGAAAAACGCACAUAGAAAGAGGGGAAGAGAACACAACUGAAGCAGCGACGGAUCAGCAUCCGUGUAAACGAGAGGCAAAUGUCCAUGAGGCGGAAGGCCAAAGGGAUGCAGCUCCCAUUGGGACUCUCUGUCGAAGUGAAUGA